AUGUCUCUCAACUCCAACAUCCCCUCUGCUGCACCACCUUCAACUCCGUCGGUGCUUCCCCAACCACCCAACAAGGUGCCUCUCAAGCUCACCAAAACCAACUAUGUCUUAUGGAAGCUGCAGUUUGAGCCCUUCCUCAACGGCUAUGACCUCUCUCAUCACGUGGAUGGAUCUUCGUCUGCUCCACCAACAACCCUCUCUUCCGGCGAGCCCAAUCUAGUCUAUCAUUGUUGGCGCCGUGAAGAUAAGUUGGUUCUUGGCUAA